AUAACAAUAUUAGUAUACAAUAAUAAUUCAUUGCGUACACUUUUCAUCACUUAUAGUCAUGGGAUCAUCACAUACUACACAGUCAUUGCAUAACCGCAUAAAUGAUUUUAAAUAUAUAUUUAAGUAAAUCUUCAUAUUUUCUGCUUAUAAAUAAGGAGUUAAGCCAUAUUUGAAACAAGGAAAAAAAGGAGGAAAAAUGGAAAAGAGCUCAGCUUCACCAAAUGAUUCAUUUACUAGUGCCAUGACACUUACCGAAGAGGGUCUAACCAAUGUUCCCAAACGUUACAUUCUUCCGCCAUCCUUACGCCCCGAUGGAACCCGGUCUAACACAUGCCUGCCAAUUGUAGAUCUAUCCUUUCUGCGACACCCUCUUCAACGGCCUCGGAUAAUCGAGGAAGCACACCUGGCUUGCAAGGAACUAGGUUUCUUCCAGGUAGUCAACCAUGGAAUCCCAUUGUCAGUCAUGAAAGAUGCCUUAGAAGCUGCGACUGAGUUCUUCGAUUUACCAAAUGAAAAGAAAAUGCAUCUCUUGUCUUCAAAUGUUCAUGAUCCCGUAAGGUAUAAUACCAGCCUAAAUGAUGUCAAAGACAAAGUAUCCUUUUGGAGAGACUUCCUCAAGCACUAUGCUAAUCCAAUCUCAAAUUGGAUUGAUUUGUGGCCAUCAAAUCCCACAUGUUACAAGGAGAAAAUGGGAAAUUACACUAUCGCAGCACAAAAGUUGCAAGAAGAACUCAUGGGAGUGAUAUUUGAGAGCUUAGGACUAAACCCUAGUUACUUACAUGAAGAUAUUGCAGAAGGCUCCCAGGUCAUGGCCGUUAAUUGCUAUCCAGCAUGUCCUGAGCCAGAUCUUACACUAGGCUUGCCACCACACACAGAUUAUGCUUUGCUAUCUAUCAUUCUUCAAAAUCAUCAGGGCUUGCAAAUCAUGGAUCAUGAUGGAAAGUGGCAUUCAGUUCCAGUCAUAGAAGGAGCCCUCAUUGUUCAGCUGGGAGAUCACAUGGAAGUAUUGAGCAAUGGUAGAUACAAAGGUGUUCUCCACCGAGCAACAGUUAACUCAGAGAAAAAGCGGCUUUCCAUUGCCAGCCUUCUCAGUCUAGCUUUAGGCAAGAAAGUUAGACCUGCACCAGCACUUGUCGAUGAACAACAUAUCUUGUCCUACAAAGAAGGAGGCUUCAGUGAUUUCCUUGACUUCAUUUCUGGAGAAGAUAUUGUGGAAGCAAAGUACAUAGACAAACUAAAAAUAAAUCCAUGACAAUAAUAGUCCAUGGACAGCAGAGCAGGGCAUACAUGAAUUCUCACUUUUACACUCUUCACACUCCACGUCAUACAAUCUGUUUGCACUUGUUAAAAUGCAAAGGUUAUAAUCAGUAGCCAUCUUUCCUGUGUACUUUGUUCUAACAUCGCUGGUGAGAGGCCCAUCUUUCUUCAAUUUUUUUUUCUUUUUUUUUUAGAAAAAGAAUAAUAAGGGCUCUUAUUUCUUCAUGCUAGGAGGCGUCACUGUGAAAAAUAAAUUUGGAACAGACUUUACCAGUCAUUUCAUCUUAAUUAGGGUUCCCUCAAGGCCACAUAUGAUUUAAGGAUCCAUAAUGUUUGCACCACCAACAAAAUUAAGAUGCAUCAUUAGGAUCUUCACUAAACCCAAUGAUAUACCUCGGUUAGAAGCCAGCAGCUGGAAAAUUCAAAUAAUUUCCAAAUUGGAAAAGAGUUCUAAUAUUCACAUCUAAUCCAGUUUAAGCCAAACGUAGGUCAUACAACAAGUUCAGAACUCAAGCCACAUUCAUCACUGGUAGACGGCUAGACGCGCUUAUAGGAGCAUGUGCUCUCACAGAAGGUAACAUUUUGAUGGUAAAUUGACCCAGAAUGUUUAGUUAAGACCUUAAACUAAUUAGACAUGCAAAGAACAUUAUAUUGAUUUACAACCACAACCAUAUACGGCCAAAAUGACCUUCCAACAAUACUAUCUGUAAACAUAGCGCAGAAAUAGCCAGCACAACACCUGCUCUCAUACUAAUAUUAUCAUUUUUUUAUUCUUUCUGGUUUUAGGUUGAGAAGUUACCAUUGUAAACUAAUUGGGACACAUGGCUUCAAACUCAAGUUCCAUGACUCAGGUAAUGCUCAGAUAUGAUACCCAAUGCUAACUACCAUAUAAUAUUGUUUAUCAGGGUAGACCUUGCUAAUGUUCAGACAUCCAAGCUGUUUUUUCUCCAACAUUAUCCACUCGUUUCAAACCUCCUUUAGACUAACUUGAAAUUAUUGCAAACCAAGGAAUAAAUUUUCAGGUGAAUACAUCUGAAUUUGUUUAACUAAAUUGGUUAUUAUACGUAGAUUUGAUUUCCUAUUGCACUAAAUAGCUGCAAUCAUCACCUUUGUUAAUCAGAUAACAUGGCAAACUUGCGAUGCUUUCCACCUCCUAAAAGGUUUAUCUCCAUGCAUCAUCAGAAUCGGUUGUUAAUGUUUCUCUAAAUGAACAUCUGCAGUUUGUUUAUCGUAAUUGUUUCUAUUUACUUCCAAUUAAUUCAUUAUAUCACCACAUGACAUAUAGGAUUCAGUCAUCGUUAGUCCAUAAUUCAAGCUGAUAACUUAUUAUUUCCUCCAUAGAGUGCAAGCACAUCUCUUUAGAAAUAAGCAUGAAAUAUCCUCAGAUCUCGUAACAAAACCGUCAUCUUUCCCCCAUUUUUCUCAAAAGAAAUUUUCACCUUGACAAUUGAUUUAAAAUAUAGCAUGAAUUUCUGUUUUUACCCAUUCAGAUAGGCACUGAAAUCAAAUUCCUCCCUUUAUGGUGCAAUUGGUCGACUCUCGAGUUAUAUCUAGUCAACACCAAAUUAUAAUCUCAACUAUCCUUUCCUGUCCGGUUUUACUAAUUUCUCAAAGAGGAUAAUGGAAAACCAUUAAAGGCCAAAAAACAUCGGAUUAUUCAAGGAACAAGACGUGGUAAUCAAAUUUCAAGUGAUUAAUCUCAUUCAUUUUCCUCAGGGAAGAAAGGUAUAGGAUUUCUAAUUUUUUCCAGCUGUUGACGCCAAUUUUUAGAUAUUCAGAUUCUAGUGCAAUUUUAAGCAUUGAAAAAUUAUGAAAUCGAAUCUCGCUAAUUCAGUAUUAUAACGUAGUUAAACAAAUAAAAAUCAGCUAAUUGAAGUUGCUAAAACGAUUGCUCGAUUUCUUCUCGAUCUGAUGGUUAAAUCUUAUGUUUGAUUUGCAUAUAAUCUCAAGAUAUACAAAUAGCAACAAAUAAAAUUGCAGAUAUACAUGAAUCUAACUAUAAUUAGUAAAGAAUUUAAAACACAAAAAAAUCAUUAAAAAUACAGAAAAUUUCAACCGAUUCGAGGCACAAAAAAAAAC